UUUUGGUUAUUCUAGCACUAGCUUGCUCGUGAUCUGUUAAAUGCGGAGGAAAUCUUUACACAAUCGUCUCUCUUUUUCUUUUUUUUUUUCAAUGGUUUCCUGCAGGAACAUGAAGCUGGGUUCAAAGAAGGCUUGGAAAUCUUUCAUGCCUCUUCGGCUAGGCAGGAGAUCCUCCUCCCGUUUUUGUAUGUUCCCCAAGGUUCGAUCAGCCAGUAAAACAACAGGAAACACACCAGUUUAUUUGAAUGUAUAUGACUUGACACAUAUAAAUGGCUACAUGUAUUGGGCAGGCCUUGGGGUAUUUCACACAGGGAUUGAAGUACAUGGAGUGGAAUAUGCAUUCGGAGCACAUGACUAUCCAACAAGUGGAGUCUUUGAAGUUGAGCCUCGCCAAUGUCCGGGCUUCAGGUUUAGGAAGUCAAUAUUCAUGGGUACAACUUGUUUAGACCCAUUGCAAGUCAGAGAGUUUAUGGAACUGCAAUCUGUUAAUUAUAAUGGUGAUGCAUAUCACCUGAUUAUGAAAAACUGCAACCAUUUCUGCAAAGAUAUCUGUUACAAGUUGACCGGCAACUCAAUCCCAAAAUGGGUAAACCGACUUGCUAGGAUAGGCUCCCUUUGCAAUUGUCUUUUGCCUGAAGCCCUUAAGAUAACUGCUGUCCAACAUGAUCCUGAUUCCCAGAGUGAAGAUGGCGAGAAAAGGAGGCUCAGAAGUGCAUUCAGUUGUCUUUCUUCUAUUUCUAUGCGUCAAAGACAGUUCUCAACUUCUUCUCUUUUAUUAACAUCUCCUCUCAGAGGCUGCCUUUCACACUGGGAGUUAAGAAGAUCAGGAGCUAUUGCUUUAAAAGACAAUUGAAAAUAUUAUAAUCUCCUGACAAGUAGUUUGAUAGUUUCUGAGAUCUUUUCCAUGUUUGGAAGCUUGUUAUGAAUGUUUAUCAUGGUACGGGGAGAUUGCAGGCCAGAACAUCCUAAUAUGCUAUGCUCCUGCUUUAUAAGCUUGCCAUGGACAGAAGGGCUUGACGAAGUCUUUGUUUCAUUUCAAAAUUAAGGUACGAUGCUUUUCUGCUGUUGGGAAUUCUGGUAGGUAGCUGACUUAGCAGAAUGAUUUAAUACCCUAUUCACUGAAGUUUCUCGUAUGAUUUUGUCAUACCCAAAACCUAAUGCCCAUAUUUUGGAUGAGCAAUGUGAAAGCCUAUUAGUGGCACUGAAAAGUGAUAAGCCAAAGUUGGGAAUGUAAUCAACUGUAUUAUGCUGAGCUAUUCUUCUGUUUACUUUGAA